GUAAAAAAAAUUUAAGAACAUUCCCUAUACAAUGAAUGCCACUCUAACAACCUCCUCCCAUUUUCCAUUAACGGCAUUCCUUUUUAUAUCUCUACUUUCUCUCACUUCUCUAUUCUCUCUAAUAUCAUAUCGUAUGGAACAUCCAUUAUAUUUCUCAGUUCCAUAAACUCAUAUAAUUCUCUCUUUUACACCAUGAAAAAACAUUCACCAUUUUUUUUCUUCAUCAUUUUUUUACUGUCUUCAUCUUUUACUAGUUCCCGCCAAAUCUCACCAUCGCCGGAAAACCAACCACCGCCGUAUUUUUCACCGUUUAAACCAAGUAUAGCUGUUGUUGUUGCAGCUGUAACAACUUUAUUUUCAGUUACUUUCCUCAUUCUUAUGUAUAGUAAACAUUGUAAGCAACGACCCGGAUCGAACGACGCAUCCGGGUCGUAUUUUGUUGGUCCAGACCGAAAAAAUUCAGGGAUCGAUCCCAUUGUGAUCGAGUCGCUUCCAGUUUUCCGGUUCGGCUCGCUCCGUGGGGAGAAGAAAGAUGGGUUGGAGUGCGCGGUUUGUUUAAACCGGUUUGAACCGGCGGAGAUUCUCCGUCUUUUGCCUAAGUGUAAGCAUGCUUUCCACGUGGAGUGCGUCGAUACGUGGCUCGACGCUCACUCCACGUGUCCACUUUGUCGUUUUCGGGUCGAACCGGAGGAUGUCCUGUUAAUAGACAGGACACCUGCAGCAGACGAUGUGUCGGUACCCGAGACCACAAAUCGUGUCUCGGGUCGACACUCGUCUGCCACAACAAUAAUAACACCAACAACCGCAGACGUGACGUCAAUGAGAAGGUCAUUAGACGGAUCAAUGAUAGCAGUCGAUCAAAGAAAAGACGGACUGCUUCCGACAAAAGACGCAUCGCGUGCAUAUAAAACUAGCAGUAAUAACAACAGUAAUAGUAAUAGUAACAGUAACAGUAAUAGUAAUAAAGAGAAGAGAGUACUAAGAGUAGUAAUUGACCAACAACAAGAGAGAUGGAGUGAUGUACAACCGUAUGAUUUGUUUUAUUUACGGUCAGAGAUGUUGAUGAAUGAGGGCCGUAGAUCUUCAUCAUCAUCAUGUAAGAGAAAUAAUCAUGGGGUGAGAGUACAGGGGAUUAAUAUUAAUGGUGGGAGUGGCAGAAAUGUAAUUAAUGAGAGAAGUGUGUCGGAAAUCACAGGGUUAAGCAGGUUUUCUAGCAGAAGAAAUACAGGAGGAGGUGGUGGUAAUGAGGAGAGAGAAAGAGAAAGACAAAGACAUAAUGGGGCAAUUGCCAGGUGGAUGGCUUGGAUUUCACAAUCUAGGCCACAUGUACAUACAUGAGAGCUUAAGUUGUUCAUUCUUCAGAUUUUUGCGGAUAUAUAUCAGGGUAAUAGCGUAUUUUAUCAGAAUAUACUUCAUUAAUUUUAUGUAGGAAUUUUUUUUUGUUUUGGAGUUGGCAUAAUACUUUCUCUGUUAUGAAAUUAUUGAGAGAAGUGUUUCAUUUAUUUCAUAACGGAUAAUGUAUUAUUUUGAUCAUGAGAUCAGAGUAGGGAGCAUGGAGUAGAGAUGGUUUUUUUUUUAACAUUUUUACCCUCUGUAUUGUUAAAGUGAGGGUAUGAAAGGUGCGGAUUUUACUAGAAUAUUGGGUAGAAGAGAACCAAUGAUGUCUUCGUCUAGUGGUUAAAAUUGAGGUGUGUAAACGAUAGGUUAUAGGUUCGAAUUCUCAUUCUCUUUUUUGUAAUUUGUACUGCCUUUGUGGCUCAUAUGAAUAAAAAAAAAUUGGAUAUAAGAGAAUACUCCCUCUGUUUUUUUUUUAUCUUUCUCACUUGGAAUCUUGACACUAUUCAUGCAUAGAAAGAAUCUUCUCAAAUGUUCUCAAUUUAUAAGAAAAAACAUAGUCAUGUGGGGUCUUGUUUGAUUCGUCUCAAUUAGUACUUUAUUAAUAUUCAAUCGUUAUAAUUUUUACUAAUAUAUAAUGAAAGAUAUUUAAGUUUUAAAACGUGCAU